GCAGCGGGCUGGCGGGGGGGUGGGAUUCCGUCUCCGAGUGUGACAACUGGAUUCUGCGUCUCCGAGCCCCUGCUGGACUUACUCAAGGACAGGACGUCAUCGGCCAAAAUGAGCAACGGCAUCAUCCUGGGCUUUAAUGACGAAACAUGGAUCUUCUCAUCUGGGAGGAUCAUCCCCGUCAUAGCAGAUGGAUGUCUGGAGGAGCCUUUGUGUCUUUACCCUCCCAGUCUGCAGGGCCUCCAGGCGCUGGUGCCCGGCAUGCUGCGCCUCGAGGUGGAGAUCGCCCUGGAGAAGCUGGACCUCAUAUGGGACCGUACGUUCGCCUGGGAAAUGUUCUUGGACAUGAUGAGACGUCAAAUAUGGAACUCUCUGCCCAACGCCGAGCUGCCGCAACACGUCACUGACGCCACUCGGGCUGUCCUGGUCGACUGGCUCGUUCAAGUCCAUGUGAGUGAGAUGAUGCAGUUCCAGGAGGAGACCCUCUAUCUGGCAAUUCACCUCCUCGACCGGGCUCUCCGCCAACUCAGAGUGACCACGGCCAAGCUGCAGCUCGUCGCCGUAGUCUGCCUCUUCCUGGCUGCUAAGAAAGAGGAGUGCCUCCUACCUGAGGUUUCUGGACUGUGCUACUUAAUGGACCACGCCUACACCAAGCAACAGCUGCUCCGCAUGGAGAGAAAAGUCCUCAUUGGGCUGAAGUUUAACUUGUCCUUCUGUCCCCCUUUGCAUUUCCUACUGCUGCUCGCCUCCGUCGCCCGCUGCAGUGCUCAGAUGGUGUGGAUGUCUCGCUACCUGCUAGAGUUGUCUCUCCUGGAGGGUCAGUGUGCGGCCUUUCUGCCCUUGCAGUUGGCGGCGGCGGCGCUUUGCCUGGCCCGCAAAGUCCUGCAAGAGCCCCUGACCCCGGAGGGCGAGGCCGCCUGGUGUCUCGCCUCCGGCAUCUACGCCGGCAGUGUUUGCAGCGAGACGGUCCUGCUGAGGAUAAAGAAAAUUCUGGCCGGCGCCGCGGCCAGGGCGCACACCCGAGACACCCGCGCUACUUUUCUCAAAUUCUCCUCCCCGGAAACCAUGCACGUCAGCAGACACCCCGGUCUUAAUCGAGCUUCUGCUCUACUGGGCGUGUGCGCACUUGACUGACGCUUGUCUUCAUGCUACACAAAAGUUACGCUGAACUCUUCGGACCUACCUGGGGAGGGACAAAAAGGGUGAAUGUGAUUACAAACAUUACUACUGUCUUGUUUGUACUGAUUUUAUGAUUUAAUAUUGCAGCUCAUGUGGAUAAUUUUUUUUUUUUUUGGUGUGUGGUGAGUGCUGUAAUAACUUUUAAUGUAAAAAAAAAAA